AUGGGGGAAAUAUCCUCGUUUGUUGCAAAAAAAGGUCCUCUCUCUCUAUCUUCGGUUUUGCCGACCGAUUUCGAAGCAUUAUCCGCGUUGCCGCGCUUGGCUCCAAUUAUCCUCCUGCCCACGAAGGCAUCCUCGCCCGUUGCGACGCGAUGGAUGCAGGGAGCAAACCGGCCCUCUCUUUCUGGCAAGGCUCCUAGCCUAGCUUGUGGGACACGGGCACAAACGAGUCUUCAGCAAAGAGAGAGAGCGAAACCAAGGACCCACCUUCUUGUCAGCGGGGCUUUCGCAAGUCAGUUCCCGCGACAGGGUGUCGUCGUUCAUCCAGGGGUCUUGGCUGCCGGCUAA